AAGAACUUGGCAAGCUUAACGUUAAGAUGAAAAAUACUGACUUGAAAAGAAAUGUAGAAACUGUGGAUAUCAGUGACUUCAAAACGGUGGGGGAAAGAACUGAACUUGGGAUGAGAACUUAGUCCAACAGAAGCACAAAGUCCAUCACCUUUUCAGUCAAGUGAAGGCCUGGACUGCAAAAUUAACUGAGUUAAGUAAAUUUAAUAUCCCUCAUACCUUUGUAAUACUCUAAACAUUUUUUUUCCCUCUAACAGAAACAUGCUGAAAAUUAUUUAAGUGCUAUAAACAGACAAGUGUUAACUAUUUCUUCUGCUGGUAAUAAAGAAGUACAUUCAAAAGGGCCCCCUAAAUGGGGCCUUCAUCCUGGUGCUUCUCAGAAACAGCUCACUGUACCACGAGUGCCGGUUGGGCCCAUGACUGCGCAGGUGUACAGCAAAUCAGCACUACGCAUGUCUCCAGGAUCACAGCAGCAGGUGGAAAUGAAGAUUAUGCUUCACCCAGAGAACACUGAUAAUAAAGCUGGUUUAAAACAACAGAACAAUGAGAUCAAGCUGCCACUUAUAACUAUGAAAAAAUCUGCUCCUACAUGCAGUCAGAAGAUUGUGAAGGGUCAUGCAGGUAGCAGCCUAUGGGGUUUGCCUGCCUUUCAUUACAUGGAUUCUCCCUUACCCCCGUUAGAAGAAGAUCUAAGAAAAGGUGUUCCGAGCCUAACUGAACAAAGGCUUAUCCAUCCAGCAGCAAAGAUAAUUCUCCAGAUACCUCCUGUUGUAUCCAGAGCAGCACCUUUCCAUGAAUUUCACAGGCAGCACAAGGAAUCAGCUGUAGAUUAUUACAGAAUGAAACUGAAAAUUGCAACCCAAUGGGACAUGAAAGCAAACUGGAGUGAGCCAGUACCUAAUGGUGACAUUAGUAGUAGGGCGGAUGCUGAGAAUAGAGACACCAUCACCUUCCCAAACUCAAAGCAAGCAGUUUAUGACACAGACUCCUCUAGUAAAGGUAACAUUGCACGACGUCCAUCCAGCAGCUCCAAGGUUUCAGCAAAGAAAUCAAAGCGAGUGUGGACGUAUCCAGCUCAGCAGUUGGAACCCAAGCUGCAGACUGCCCCUCAGACACAGCUCCCACAGACAUCUCCAUGUCAGCCCUUACAGAAUCCGUGCUUUGAUUGCGACAUGGCUGUUUACCACGGCAUGAUAGACCAGACAGCUCCAGGCUUUCUGGCAUUCAAGCAACAUUAUUGUCUAUCUUGGGGGAGCAUUGCCUCUUUUUUGGAGCACACAGGAAAGCUUCUCCAGGACUAUGCUGUACCAUUGGCUACAAUAAACUGUAAAAAGUUGGCAGAAGUUGCAUCAGACUUUGAGCGUGAUGAGAAACCCAGCAAAAAUGACAUUCUGUCAGUGAUAAAGAAUCAAUCAACUGUGGAAAAGAUCUUAAAUCGACCUGGCCAAAGACACAAAGGCCACGGGGGUACUGAAAUGGCCGCUAUCAAGAUCCAAGCAACAUGGCGAUGCUACCAGGCCAGAAAGGCCUACAUCCAUCUCCGGCAGCAGCAGUGGGCAUCAGGUGUGAUCGGCUCUUCGUGGCGCUCGUGUAAUCACAUGGCACGUGUGAAAAAGAGCCUGAAGGAAUCACGUCAGAGACACCUGGAGAGCUUUCACAUCAGGGCCAAGCAUCUGGCAGCCAACUGGAAUCGCAUCAGGACCUCCAGGAGGACUAUUAUCCAUAUCCCAUCAUUAGGAUAUUCCCAAGGCAUCCGUGAGCAUAUUCCUGACCUUGCUCUCCAGCAGAACAUGCAGAUGGGAAGGCUGUGUGACAUACUGGAUGCCAACGUGGACGUCAUCUACAUCUGCCCCCUUCAUCUGAGUGAGGAGUUACUGCAGUAUUACAAUAAACUCCUGGGUCUGCAGGCAGCUGUUAGAUCUGGGAACCCCGAGGCCAUGGGUGACCUGCAGGACAGGUUCAGGAUUCUCACCCCUGAAGCUAUAAACAGCUUCCCUGAGCAUCACAUGUGCCUGGCCACGCUGCUGAAGUAUAGUCCCAAGACUAUCAAAAGAAUAAGAACUCUUCUCCAGAGCAGAGCUGCCUACAUUGUUGGAGGGUUUCCCCACAAUGAUGAUUUAGCUGUGGCUGACAUGCUAAAUGUGCCUAUAUUAGGCUCAGUGCCAGAAGUGGCUCAUCUCUAUAGUACCAAGUCUGGAAGUAAACGAAUUUUUGCCAGUGCUCGUGUGCCAACCCCUCCUGGAGAGUCAGACAUCUACAACAAGGAGCAGAUGAUCAGUAUUCUCAGCCAGCUCAUCGUAGUCAAUAUGGAAGUGCAGCGCUGGCUGUUUAAAGUGAAUGAUGAGCGUGGAGGAAAUGGUACUGCCUAUUGUGACAUUAUUUCACAUCUGAAAUGCUACCCCUGGGUGCAAAAGGAACGUCAGCGACACAGCCCUGAGACAUGGAGUGAGAAGCAGGCACACGAGCUAGCUUUGGUGAAGAUCUCCCAGGAGCUGCCGGGCCUUUUAGCACAGCACGUACAGCCAGUCAAUGAGAAACGAUUCCCUACAUGGGAAAAAUUCCUCCAAACAUUUCUUACUCAAGGUGGUGUGAUAGAAGCCUUCCCACUCUCAGAGCAUGUCACCAACCUCACGGUGGAUAUGCUGAUAGAGCCUACGGGCAAGAUAAAAAUAGUGUCAUCUGGAGACCAGCUCCAUGCUGAGGGUCCUCUGCGCUCAUCUGGCACCACCAUUCCCCAACGUUCUGUUGAUCCAGCGGUUCUUAAUUCACUCUGCUUUAAAAUUGGAGAGAUCUGUAAAUCUAAAGGAGUGCUGGGUUACUUCUCAGUGGAUUUUGUGAGUUUCAUCCACCCACAAACGAUGGAGCAGCAGGUGUGGGCAACAGACCUUGACCUUUGCUAUAGUGACCAGCUGGCCUUGACUCAGCUCAUGUUGUACGUGACAGAUGGAAACCUGGAUUGUACCUCCAGCCACUUUGAAGUAUCUCUUGGUUCAAAAAGAAUGGAAAGCCAACGUACUGAGCACGAGGAGACAGAAACCCUUGCUCCAAGAAGCAGCUGGUGCGCUGCAGCAAGCAGCCAACUGAGGCACUCCAGCCUUGCAGAAACCUACUACGGUGUUUUCCUCCAGACGUGUCAAGCUUGUGGGAUUGGAUUUGACCUCCAGGAAAAACAGGGAACAGUUUUUAUACUGUAUGAAGAUCAGCAGCGACAGAGACUGGGAAUGAUAACAAUUGGAGAAGAUCUCCAGGGGGUCCUCAUGACCUUUGCUCACAAUCUCUUCAUCAUCCAUCAAGAAAUAUCAGCACCUAAUAUGCAAGGCGAGACCAAUUUUAAGAUGGCAAUUCAAGAUAUCGAAGCAAUUCUAGGAAUUACAGCAGAAAACAAACUGAAAUUGGAAGAGGAGCAACCUUCAGCAGCAGAUGCUCUGAAAGAAUAGUUAACGGGAAAUGUUUAAGUGCCUUAUUCUUUAUGCUCCUGGAAAUGCUUUUUCAUCUGUAAGAACAGAUUUGGUUUUCCUUCUGCACCAGCACAUGAAGGAAUAUUAAUUGAGAGAACAGUUCUGAUUUCUGAGUGUGAUGUUUAGAAGAAUAUCCCUGCUUUCACAAAAAUAAACUGCUGAAAAGCAGAGGAUCAUGAUAAACACCUCUGUUCAUACUGUCA